AUGUCAGCGCUCAGAGCCGAUGACGUCAGCAGGCGGAUCCUGACCCCGAAUCUGUACCGCACGAGGAUUCUGACCCCGUACCUGUACCACAGAUGGAACCUGGAGACCUCACCGCCAGGGGCUGGCGGCGAGCCGGCCGAAGAGUCCCAGGUCGGCUCGAUCCUCGACUCGCUGGGCACUUGGUUCUCGGGCGUCUCGGACAAACUGUACACGGCCGUCACCAAGAACAUAGGCGAGAACAUCGACCUAGCUACUGUCUCCGAUCGCGUCACCGAGCUCAUCCCGGAGUUCGACUACGCGCCCAACACGGUCAUCAAUAAAAAUGAGGAAGCAGGCUACGAGGUCCGACACUACCCGUCGCAGCGCUGGGCAUGCACGGCCGAGCCAGUCACCGUCGAGCCCGUCGAAGAAGAGGCUGUCCAGUGGAACCGCACCAAGCUCAUGUUCGACCGGCUCUUCAAGUAUUUCUCCGGCGAGAACAGCAGAGACGAGAAGAUCCAGAUGACGCUGCCGCUGACGAACCGGUUCGACGCCUACUCCGAGUACCCCACCUACAACAUGUGCUUCUACAUCCCGAGGGCGCUCCAGAGCAGCCCGCCGACGCCCGACGACCCGAACGUUGAGCUCACUUUGUGGCCGGCCAAGACGUUCGUGGUCCGACGGUUCGGCGGGUUCGUGCUGUACCGACGCGGCUGGGACCGGGCGGCGUUCCUCCUCGAGAAGAUCAGCCGCGAGCAGGGCCUGCAGGGCAUCGACUUCACCAAGUACUACAGCGUCAACUACGACCUCCUGGUGAAGUUCUGGAACCGCAAGAACGAAGUGUGGUUCGAGCUGGCGGCCUGAUGCCGGGCCGGCCGCUCGGCGCCCGGCGAUGGGCCCGCAGCAUGCCCCGACCGGAGAGGCCCGUCCCUGCCGACGCCGGCGCCGCAGACGGCGCGCGCAGGGUGAUCUGCACGUGGAGGGGAGGCGCUGCGCAAGACAGCGCGCGUGUUGGCGUGCCUGGGAACUCUCGGAGGACUUCACGGCAGUGCACCGUUGUUUAUUGUUAUGGUACCUGUCUAACACUUCCCGCCUCAGCCCAAUGACGUCAACUGCGCCACCUCUCUUUGUUCUCGAGAACUGCCAGUGAUAGCAUCACCCGCUCCCGCGUAGCAGGAUAAAUCCGAUGCAGCUAACUUGUCGUUCCAUUUCAAGUUGCGCUGGGCUUCCAGAUAUCCGCAAUCGGUGUAGCUGUUGGUCGAUGCUCGUUUCUGCGCGCAUUAUUUUGUUAUUUAUAUGACCUGUUAUUUUCGGGGUCUUGUUGAUGUUUAGCUUACCUAAACGGUGUUAAUGAUCUUCCCAAUGCUGUGCCUUUUUGAGAUUAAAUGAUACAGCACUGUGA